AUGAAACUGCGCAAGUUUAGCACAGCUAAUGAUGUCAUCAUGAUAUCAAAGGAGAUCGUCAUGUUUCUAAUAACAAACCUAGAGUGCAAACACGUGCGUCUGAAACGUGAGGGAAUGGCUGUGAUUGAGUGUAGCAGUCAUAAAGACCGAAUCACUGUGAACGACUUUCUGGAUACAUUGAUGUCAGAUCCAGGACCACAAUGCUUACUGUGGCUCCCUCUAUUGCACAGAAUGGCCAAUGUAGAGAAUGUAUUCCAUCCAGUGAUGUGUGAUGUGUGCCAACGUGAGUCCUUUAUGGGCUUUCGUUACAAGUGCCAGCGCUGCUAUAACAUGCAGCUCUGUCAGGAUUGCUUCUGGCGUGGAAAGAUCACCGGCACCCACACCAAUGACCACGAAGUGAAGGAAUACUCAUCCUAUAAAUCGCCAGCCAAACAGCUCAGCCAUUCUCUUAGGAAGUCAUUCCGCUGCGUUCCUUCCAAGGACAAGGACAUACCGAGGUUUCCCGACACACCUGAGAAGAAGCUCGACCUGUCCAAUAUCGUGCCGGCUACACCUACACCGGUGCAUAACGGUUUUCCCAUGCAGGACCGUGCUCUUAACAAAUCAGUCGAUGUGUCGUCACUAGAUGGCUCUGGCUCUGCAUCCAGAAGCCGAAGUCAGCUAAGGUCAUCUUGUGCUGAUCAGGUUGGGCCGUUUCGUACCAAGCCACGGUAUAUUGUGUCAGACAUCCUUGUGUCGCAGCUGGGGGCGGACAACAGUCCUCUUCCCGGAUGCAAGUUCACGAUAGAGGAUGCGGCCAUCCUCCAUCCAAUUGACGUGGCCAAUCCAGCGCAGCCUGCGUUGUCUGAACAUC